AUGGAUGAAUCUUUGGCUGUACAGUACUGUUAUCCUUUGCAUAAUGCAUCAUGUUCCAAAACUGUUGGACCCACAUAUAAGUAUGUUUUAAUGUAUUUGAUCUUUUCCGUGAUAUCAAUCGUCACAGUGUUUGUAAACCUGCUGGUGAUCAUCUCCAUCUCUCACUUCAAGCAGCUUCACACUCCAACCAACCUGCUCAUCCUCUCUCUGGCUGUGGCAGAUUUAUUGAUCGGACUUAUCGUGAUUCCAGUAGAGGCUAUAAAACUGACAGAGACAUGUUGGUAUUUUGGACAAGAAUUUUGUUUUAUUUUCCAGUGCAUUGUUUAUGCAUUGCUUUCGUCCUCAGUUGGCCAUUUAGUGGUGAUUGCUAUUGACCGAUAUGUUGCCGUGUCUGACCCUUUGCUUUAUAUUCAGAGAAUAACUGUAAGCAAGGCACUGAUAUCUAUAAGCCUCAUUUGGUCGUGUUCAGUGCUGUACAACCUGGUAUUGCUGUACUGUAACAGAAGUGUUCACUUUUCCGGGGAUCACAGGCUUUGCCACGGACAAUGUUUUCUUUACAUUAGUUUUGAAUGGGGGAUGUUUGAUAUCAUAUGCUCCUUUGUUGCCCCUUGUGCAGUUAUGAUCACUUUAUAUCUGAGGAUUUUCCAGGUGGCAACCUAUCAAGUGAGUGUCAUUAACUCAAUAUCUGCCGGCGUUGGUUAUGCUGACGACACCAAAAUGCCAAGGAAAUCAGAGGGCAAAGCAGCAAAAACUUUAGGUAUUGUUGUUGCAGUUUACCUGCUCUGCUGGAUACCUUAUUAUCUCUGUCUGCUCACCGCAGAUGCUAGUGAGUCCUCAGCAAUUGCCAUAACGUUUCUCACAUGGAUCCUAUACACAAAUUCUUGUGUGAAUCCUCUCAUCUAUGCUUUGUUUUACUCAUGGUUUAAAACAGCAGUAAGACACAUAUUGACACUGAAGAUACAUGAGUCCUCUUCAUCAUUUUUAAAUUUGCUGUCAGAAGAUAACUAA